GUUUCUUUACAGGAUGGCUCCAGACAGCGUAAAGAACGGAAGAAGACCGUCUCAUUCAGCAGCAUGCCCACUGAGAAGAAGAUCAGCAGUGCGAGCGACUGUAUCAGUGCGAUGGUGGACGGCUCCGAGCUGAAGAAAGUCAGAUCCAACUCACGCAUUUACCACCGCUACUUUCUCCUUGAUGCCGAUAUGCAGUCUUUGAGAUGGGAGCCCUCAAAGAAGGAAUCAGAAAAGGCCAAAAUCGAUGUAAAAUCCAUAAAGGAGGUUCGGACGGGGAAAAAUACGGACAUGUUUAGAACUAAUGGGACCUAUGAUCAGAUAUCAGAAGACUGCGCUUUCUCAAUCAUCUUUGGGGAGAACUAUGAGUCCUUAGACUUGGUGGCAAACACUGCAGACGUAGCCAACAUAUGGAUCACAGGACUGAGGUACCUGAUCUCUUAUGGGAAACAUACUUUAAAUAUGAUCGAGAGCAGUCAGAACAACAUGCGCUCCUCUUGGCUUGGGGAACUGUUUGACGAAGCAGACAGUAGCAACAGCAAACAGAUAACGAUAUGUGCCGCCGUGCAGCUAGUCAAAAAGUUGAACCCAGGACUUAAAAAUGUGAAAAUAGAACUGAAGUUCAAGGAGAUUCACAAAGCUAAGGACAAAGUAGGUUCUGAUGUGACAAAAGAGGAGUUCAUUGAGGUCUUUCAUGAUCUUUGUACCAGACCAGAAAUAUACUUUCUCUUUGUUCAGUUCUCUAGUAACAAAGAGUUUCUGGAUACCAAGGACUUAAUGAUAUUUCUGGAGGCAGAGCAGGGUAUGGCACAAGUCAGUGAAGACACCAGCUUAGAGGUAAUCCAGAAGUAUGAACCGUCUAAAGAGGGCCAGCUCAAAGGUUGGCUAUCUCUUGAUGGUUUUACCAACUAUCUUAUGUCUCCAGAGUGCCACAUAUUUGAUCCUGAACACAAAACAGUAUGUCAAGACAUGAACCAGCCGUUGUCUCACUAUUACAUCAAUGCAUCCCACAACACAUACCUGAUAGAAGAUCAGUUCAGGGGUCCCUCUGAUGUGACCGGGUAUAUCCGAGCCCUCAAGAUGGGCUGUCGCAGUGUAGAGCUGGACGUGUGGGAUGGGCCCGAUAACGAACCCGUUAUUUACACUGGUCACACGAUGACCUCACAGAUUGUUUUUCGGAGCGUCAUUGACGUCAUCAACAAGUACGCUUUCGUUGCAUCUGACUUCCCACUGAUACUGUGUUUAGAAAACCAUUGCUCUUUAAAGCAGCAGAGAGUCAUGUUUCAACACCUGAGGAAGAUCCUUGGCGAUAAAAUCAACCUGGAUGUUCCUAAACCUGAGGACUGCUACCUCCCCUCUCCCUCUGAGCUGAAGGGGAAGAUCCUGCUGAAGGGGAAGAAACUGAGCACCAACUGCACUGCUUCAGAAGGUGAAGUAACAGAUGAGGAUGAAGGGGCAGAGAUGUCUCAAAGGAUGAGCAUCGAGUCUGCAGAACAACAGACUAUCGCACCCAAGAAAUUUCAGCUGUCAAAGGACCUCUCUGAUCUGGUGACCUUGUGCAAGUCUGUUGAGUUCAAAGACUUCCCAACAUCCUUCCAGAGCCAGAAGCACUGGGAGCUUUGCUCUUUCAAUGAGGUCUUUGCCAGUCGCUGUGCCAGUGACUACCCAGGGGACUUUGUUAACUACAACAAGAAGUUCCUAGCACGAGUUUACCCGAGCCCCAUGCGCAUUGACUCCAGUAACAUGAAUCCACAAGAUUUCUGGAAGUGUGGUUGCCAGAUUGUGGCGAUGAACUACCAGACGCCCGGGCUGAUGAUGGAUUUAAACAUCGGCUGGUUCCGUCAGAAUGGGAACUGUGGUUAUGUGCUGCGUCCAGCAAUCAUGAGGGAGCACGUUUCAUACUUUAGUGCAAACACUAAAGAUUCAGUGCCUGGUGUUUCUCCACAGCUCUUACACAUCAAGAUCAUCAGUGGACAAAACUUCCCCAAACCCAAAGGCUCAGGAGCCAAGGGGGACGUAGUGGACCCUUACGUAUACGUGGAAAUACACGGCAUUCCUGCUGACUGUGCGGAGCAAAGGACUAAAACUGUUAACCAGAAUGGGGACAACCCUCUGUUUGAUGAGAGCUUUGAGUUUCAGAUCAAUCUCCCCGAGCUUGUGAUGGUACGCUUCGUGGUGCUGGAUGACGACUACAUCGGAGAUGAAUUUAUCGGCCAAUAUACGAUUCCCUUUGAGUGUCUCCAGCCAGGUUUCCGCCACAUACCGCUCCAGUCUCUGACAGGAGAGGUUCUGCCACACACCUGGGUGUUUGUUCACGUGGCCAUAACCAAUCGGAGAGGAGGUGGCAAACCACACAAACGGGGACUGUCUGUACGAAAGGGAAAGAGGAGUCGAGAGUAUGCCAGCAUGAGAGUGCUAUUGAUCAAGGCUGUGGAUGAUGUCUUCAAAACAGCCCUGCUGCCACUGAGGGAAGCCACAGACUUCAGAGAAAACAUGCAGAAUGCCAUAGUGUCCUUUAAAGAGCUGUGCGGCCUGUCAGCGGUGGCUAACCUGAAGCAGUGCAUCUUGGCCCUUUCCCCUCGCCUGACCGGAUCCGACAGCAGCCCCCUUCUGCUGUUCAACCUCAUUGACCAGUACCCUACCUUGGAGCCCCAAGGCCUGCUACCAGAGGUCCUCAAGAAAGUCGUCACCACUUAUGACAUGGUGAUCCAGACCAGUAAGGCUCUGCUGGAGAACUACAAAGGCGUGUAUGAGAGGAUACUACAAACCCAAAAAGCAGCGAUGGAAUUUCACGAGAACCUCUACGACUUGGCCGUGAAGGAAGGAUUGAAGGGCAGGAAGUUGCACAAGGCGGUGGAGAGCUUCACGUGGAACAUCACCAUCCUGAAGGGCCAGGCCGAUCUACUGAAGCACGCCAAGAGUGAAGUCCAGGAGAGCCUGAAGCAGAUCCACUACGCCGCCCUCACCUGUAACCUGAGCAAAGGCGGAGCAGUGAGCAGCUCCUCCAGCUCCUCCGACUCCAAGGGCCGACGCAGCCUGGAGGCCAUCCCCGAGAAGGCCACCGGGGAGGAGGAGCUCACCGACGAGGACAACUAGAGACCACCGGGGAGGAGGAGCUCACCGACGAGGAC